AUGGCAGCACAGCAGGACCCACGCUAUUCUUCCUCUGAGGAGGAAAUCCUCGAUGCCCCGGACGAAAUACCCCACAUGGAGGGCCUGAUCUCCCCACACCAGGGGGAAGACCUGACAGCCCCAGCCACAAGGGACAUCAAGACACUAAUGCACAACAUCCGUGUCUUUUUCAAUGCUGACCUAAACAUAAUACGGGAAGACAUCACAGUAGUCACUGCCAGAGUUCAGGCUACAGAGGACAGCAUCCACUCCAUCACACAACAACAGACAAGCACCAAUGAACCGAUGCAACAACUCCUGGCAACAAACAAAGUCAUGCAGAUUAGAAUUGAUACCUUAGACGAUGCACGGAGAUGCAAAAAUCUCAAAAUUAGAGGUAUAACUGAAACAAUUGGUGAACAAAAGUUACCACAUCUAAUUAGGCUACACCUGCCUACUCUGCUGCCCCAACGGUCUGCAGGGGGCAUCCAAAUCGAUGGCUGCUUCCGCUUCGCAAAAUCCAGCAGGGCUCCGGCUGGGACCCCGUGA